UGAAAUACUUUUCUUUUUGUGAAGCAGAGAAGCUAUGUUUGUGAAAACUGCGAAGAUUGGAUUGAAGUUUUUGUGCGUAGGGAAAAGGUCCCUGUCAGUUUUAGGCAGAGAAAGUGUGGGUUCCAAAGAUGGGGAGCUGAGAGUUUUCAUCGUCGCUGGGGAGGUUUCUGGCGACAUUAUUGCGUCUCGUUUUAUGAAUUCUUUAAGAAAGCUUUCCCCUUUUCCCGUUCGUUUCACAGGCGUUGGAGGAUUGAUGAUGUCGCAGCAAGGGUUGGAUACCUUGUUUCCCAUGGAGGAUAUUGCUGUCAUGGGCAUUUGGGAAUUAUUGCCGCAUCUCACCAAGUUUAGGCUCAGGCUAAACCAGACGGUUGAAUCAGCGCUAGCUUUUCAGCCACAUGUUGUGCUCACAGUUGACUCCAAGGGCUUUUCCUUCCGCUUUCUCAAGCAUUUGCGAGCUAGAUAUGGUCCACAAGGACUUGCUACUCCUCAACACUUUCACUAUGUAGCUCCAUCAUUUUGGGCGUGGAGAGGAGGUGAAUCGAGACUUAAAGGACUUGUGGGGUUUGUCGAUCAUUUGUUCUGUAUCCUUCCGUUUGAGGCACAAAUCUGUAGAUCAUAUGGACUCCCUGCUACAUUUGUCGGCCAUCCAGCACUAGAAGAUGUUUUCGACCUCAAGAAUGACAAUUACAUGGACAGGGAGUGGAAGGUUCAAGGUGAUGGCGAGGAAUUUAGAAAGAAAUAUGGGGUGCCCUCAGGAUCAAAAAUCAUUUCUGUGCUGCCCGGAAGCCGAUUGCAAGAGGUCACCCGCAUGCUUCCAAUAUAUGCACGCACUUUGGAACUAAUCAAGGAUUCCUUCUCGGAGCUGACAGUAGUAAUCCAUGUGGCACCUAAUAAGCAUGUGCAAGAGUAUAUAAGUGACACUGUUCACAAGUGGCCUGUACCUGUUGUAUUGGUUCCGGGUGGAUCGACAUGCAUGAAGUACAAUGCAUUCAGUGCAAGUCAGAUAGCACUAUGCACGUCUGGGACCGUGGCAGUGGAAAUGCAGCUUGCUCGUUUACCUUGUGUUGUUGCAUAUCGAGCACAUAUCCUGACUGAAUGGUUCAUACGAUAUAAAGCUAAAGUACCUUACAUCUCACUUCCAAAUAUUGUCCUAGAUUCACCUAUAAUCCCUGAAACUCUUUUUGAAGCGUGCACUCCUCCACAGUUAGCUCCAGUGCUCCUGGAGUUGAUGCACGAUGAGAGCCUUCGCCAACAACAGAUUACUGCUGCCAAUAAGUUUCUGAGUUUGCUGGAUCCUCAACAAAAAGUAGAUGCACACUCGAUAUGUAAUCCGUCUUUUGAGUACACACCAAGUGUAGUGGCUGCAUCAGCAGUAUUAAGAUCUACGGUGGGCACUUCAGCUCAAAGUUUAAAAUCUCAGCCUGGUGCGUAGAUGCCGAUCUCUACAGACGCUUUCUCGAAUCGCCCUCCCUGAUUUCUCGAUGCCUCUCCAUGCCCACUUCAUGGAGAAAAUCGUUUUACUCUAAAACAUAGAGACGAAGGAUCUCACGAAAAUGGAUUCAGAUGCAUUAAUGGAACUAUGAUGUCAACUCCAUGGUGUUGAUGGGCAGGGUAGGAUGGGGUUAAGACUUGAGUCAUAGUGUCUAAAUUUCUGUUGCUUCUGGCAACAAAUAUAUUCAUCAAAAUAAAUUCUUGCUCCAAUGAAGUAGGGGUCCAGAAGUAUUUAAGUAGAAUACAAAAUAAUUUCAAGCUCAGAAGGUAGU